UACAGUCUCGCCGAGAUUCAGGGUCCCCUGGAUCUCCGCGAUGGUGUGGCAGGGGCUGUGCCCCCGUGGCAGGGAAGGCAGAGAUCCACAGAGGGAGGGCCUGUUGAGGGGAUCGCGCGGGGCGAUGGCGAUGCCCUGCAGCCCGAGGCGGCGGCGAUAGCGGGUAUAGCUCACGGCCACCCCGACAGACGGGCGGCGGGGCCCCGCUCCCAACGAGGCGCCCUACCCACGUGGCGAGAUCCCGCCGCGGAAGGGCGUUCCUUCCCGGGCCGCCAAUCAGAGCGUCGGUUGCCCUUUGCACGGGCCAAUCAGCGCCCAGGGGACGCACAUUUAAACAUCGUUCCCGGGAGCUGCGGCCACCUCCGUGUGAGAGGGAGGGGGCGGGCAGUGGCUGUGAGCGCCAAUCUGCGUCGUGGAAGCUGUUAUCGGCACGCAGCUAAGCCAAUGGGGUUGCGGAGAGGAGUGCGGCAUCUCCCCGCGGAGCGGUUGGGUUCGGUGGGGGAGCUCCUCGGGGACUGUCGGGGCAACCCGUGCGCGGGGGGCUCCUGGGCGCCGGGCCGCGCCGCCGCGGGCAUGGCUAAAGGGAAGAACAUGCCCAAGGCUAGGGCGGGCGGCGCGGAGAAGGCGAGCCCCGAGAACGCCGAGAGGAAGGGCUCCGGCCGCUCCCGGGCCGGCGGGGUAAGCAUUUGCCCGGGCCUGGGCGAGCGGAACGGAGCGGACGCGCAGCUCCUGGGGACUAGUGUGUCCGUCGCUUUCCUCCGCGGUGCGAGCGGGCCGGAGAAUGUGUUUAUUGGUCAAUCCAAAAUCUACAGCUACCUGAAUCCUAACAAAACUCCUGGUGCUCGCCCCCCACUUCAAGAAGAAAACUCCGUCAUGUAUCACGAAGUGAAAUGUCAGGGUAAAACACUAAAGGAAACCUACAGGAAAGGAGAUGGAAAAAAGAAUGGUGGCAAUGUCAUUGAAGGUGCUAUGAAACCAGAAGACCAGAGGGAUAAAGAAGGUGGGUGCAAUACUUCAGUACCCUCCUCUGAUCAAAAGCAAGAAACUGUAGAAACUCAAAAGGCACCUCUGCCUUCGGACUGUGUUGAUGAAGCCAAUGCAAAGCCAGCUCAGAAGAAGAUGGUUAAAGCAAAACGUGGACCAAGGAGAAAAACACAAGGAAGAACACCAAAUCGGAAAGUGACAGAUUAUUACCCAGUUAGAAGAAGUUCCAGGAAGAGCAAAUCUGAACUAGAGACUGAGGAGAGAAGGAAAAUAGAUGAGCUAAUUACAAGUGGGAAAGAGGAAGGAAUGAAGAUCGAUUACAUUGAUGGCAAAGGGAGAGGAGUGAUUGCUACUAAACAUUUUAAUCGAGGAGAGUUUGUGGUUGAAUAUCAUGGGGAUCUCAUAGAGAUCACUGAUGCUAAAAAGCGGGAAGCUGUGUAUGCUCAAGAUCCAUCCACAGGCUGCUAUAUGUACUAUUUUCAGUACCUCAGCAAAACAUACUGUGUUGAUGCUACAAAAGAAACUAAUCGUCUCGGAAGACUGAUCAAUCACAGCAAAUGUGGCAAUUGCCAAACAAAGCUUCAUGACAUUGAUGGUGUGCCUCAUCUCAUACUGAUAGCUUCCAGAGACAUUAAAGCAGGUGAAGAACUCUUGUAUGACUAUGGAGACAGAAGCAAAGCUUCCAUUGAAGCUCACCCAUGGCUGAAACACUAAGUUGUCUUCUUUGGGGUUGUGUUUUCUUUUUGGACUGAGUGCUGUACAAGGAGUCAGUGGAUUUUUUUUUUUCCCCCUCCCCUGUCCUCACUUCCCUCAGCUUUCUUAGCAGACUGCUUACGGUGUUCUGAGCUCUUUAAAAACUGCCUUUUUGCUUUGCAGUAUUUGAAUACCUAUUACAGUUUUCCAGGCAGGCUUGAAUAAUUGAUCUUAGAUUGCCAAAACUUUUGUAUCUUAAAAGGAAACUCUUCAUAACAUUUGAAUACUUCUGCACAGUGACCAGUGCCACUUGAGCUUGCAGUCAAAGUCUUGCACAGCAACUUAAUCACUUGGAUUGUACUUCUGCUUUAGCAAUGGAAUCUCCUGCUCCACUUUGUGGAGUGAUGAGCUUGGCAUUAGCUUUAUCAUGGUAAAUGUACUUCUCUACUCUGACUCGUACAUCCAAUGGCUUGACUGCUUGUCAGGCUGCUUUAUACAACCUGGUGCUGACAGGCUUCUCUGAGGUGGAUGCUACUAUCAUUGUUAUGUAAUUUGUAGUAGGGAUCCAGUUUUUCCAGUGAUAUCUCAUGUUGGCAAUGAAGUUGAAAUGCACUGGUGUUGAGGGAAAUGGAUGGUCAAAUUGGCUGCUUUCUUCAGAGAAAUGACUCCAAGCCAAAUGAGGGUGGAUUUUGAUAGACUGGGUUGAUACUGGUUAGUAAUGUGAAGAUGGAACUUCACAGCGAGAAUCAAUGUCUGAUGUUACUUAUUUUCUAAAAUUGAAGAAGGUACUUUUUAUAGUCAAUGGCUGAUUCUUGGAGGUGUCUCCCAGAAGAUUUUAAAGAAGUAAAAGAAAAAGCUUCCUAUGCUAAUUAGCCCCAUCAGAAGCUAUUUAUUUACUGUGAAUGCUUGAAACAGAGCAUAGCGAUUCCAAAAAUAGGAGUCAUCUUCAUGUGCAGCUUCAGACUGUAAUGAUGGAGUUCAUGCAAUUAAGAAAGUAGCUUCCUUAUUGCCUGGUCCUGUAGGUCUGUCCAGCAUGGUCUGGUCCCACUGUCUGAAAUGGGAGCUGAGCGCUGAGCAUCUUGUGGACGUUUGUAAUGUUACUGUUGGAGAACCAAAUGUGUGAUCUAGGCGGGCAAUACAAUGCAGGUCCUUUAUGUUAAAGAUGAAUUCUUACCAGUUGGAAUUUUUGCCAAGGCAGACUUGGCACGUGUGUAGAUGAAAAUGGCUGUGAGCCAUCAGCCACGCUUGCUGCUGGAAGAUGUCAGCAAGGGAUCUGUGGCUCUUUAAUGUCUGCGGUUCCUCAUGUCUCGAAGGCUGCUGCUGUUCUAGCUAAUGCCCUCUAGGACAAUCUUAGAUGCUUUCCUAUGUGAUAGGUCAAAUAGCAACAACAUCCUGGCUGUAUGCUCCAGCAGCAAGAGAGGUGGCUUAGUGAUGUAUUUUUUAAAUUAAAAACUUGAAGACAAUGUCUCUGUAAAAUAAAGAAUAUAUUUAUUAUUGAUGAAGUGGCUGCUACAAUACCUGUCUCCCUUGCAGAUCAUUAGCGUUGUGAAAGAAAGCUGUGAAAAUCAUUAGCCAUAAAAUGCUUUAGGUUAUUUACCACUCAACACAAGGCAAGCUCAUCAGAGACAGCCUCUGUAUUUUCCCCAUUUCUGAAGACAACUGGAGACUUGUUACCUUACACGUGACAGUACUGAGUUACAGGUAAGCUUUGUUAGCUGACUUGUUCAAAUCAGCACUGAUUUUUUUUUCCUCUGGUCUCAGUAACAGAGACUACAGCAGUGUACAGUAUCCUUUUUUUACUAGAGCACUUCCCUUCAUUCAAAAUUGGAAUAAAAUGCUUUUGUGGGUUUUUUGUAAUUUAAACAUUUGCUUGUUCUCUGUCAGGUCAAAUAGCUUAAAACCUUUGUUCCUCAGCAUUUUGUAAAGGAGGGGAAAUCUCUUCCCUAUUUUACAUAAGAAAACUGUCUUUUCUGAAAUGCUUAACUGUUAAUCAAGUAGCACUGCAUUGGAAGGUGGUAAUAAAGCUGAUGUUGCACUGA